AAGAAAUCCACACGAUCCAAGGGGGUUUCGCUCACCUUCACCAAAGACUGGGGGAACACCAGCUGGGUAGAGGGCUUCCAGUUCUCAGGGGGACCUCAUUCCAGCGGGCAGGUGCUGUGGCAGAGAAGGUGCACUUCUGGGGUCCUGAUGGAUGGCAUUGUUUAAUCAAAGGAAUCCGAAGCGUGCCAACCCUGCCAGAUCAAUACCGUGGGAGAUAAUGUGCUAAAUAUUCAGAGGGGCAGUUUUUAAAUGCACUGGGACUAUGAGAGAGAGAUUUGUCAGCGAUAUGAAAAGUCUGAUUCUGUGACCUCAAGUUUAUCUGUAUGGCACUGGAAUGGGAUAUAGUCCCACGUAGGGAACUAAGAUAUGGAAGAGAAAUACGUUCGCAUGAAACGCAGAUGGAAAGGAAGGAGGAGGUGAAAUUGUUGGGCUGUGGCCUGUUUGAAGACCCUCAACACCCGUAGUCUUGUAAACUGAAUCAGUGAAAAUCCAAAGGGUUACUGGCAACCUGAAGUGCUAAAUCACGUGAAAGUCUCUCUCCUCGCUUUGCGUCUUCAGUCUGACUUUGCAGCAGUGGUAAUGGUUUACUUUUGAAAGAAUUUUACUGUGGGGGGGGGAUUGCUAUAUUGUAUUAGAAUUGUAGGAAAGGAAAAGGACUUCUCUGAAAUUCUGCUUUUGGCUUUCAGCUUCCCAUGUCAGUACUCUUAUUCUAGCUGGACUGGGAUUACAUAGCUUGAUGGCAGAGGGUUGAAUACGUACAUGUCUGGGUUCAUACAUCGUCCAGGAACAUAAUGUGGGUGGUUUUUGCUUGUUACACUGUGCGAGUCCAUUCUGUUGUGGCUUGUUCAACAAAUCACAGUUACUGUAAGUAAGCCGUGUCUUCGUGCUGCUUCGUGAGCCUAUCCUGUGUAUGGGGGGGGGUUCUUGGCAGGCAGCAGUUACCAAGUCUGGCCACUGCACGUGGCCAGUGAGAAGACCGGGCGCUGCUGCUCAGGCGCUGCCUUUCUUCUGGGUCUGCACCUGUGUGGAGCCUGCGUGCUCCUCCGUGCAAGGCAAGGCAAGGCAGUUGGGAGCCCUGGGUCAGGUAAAGGGUCGCGUUGAAGCAGCUGAGAAGAGGAAAUUGCAAGCAGGAGCAAACGGUUCCGGUAAAAUUUCCUCUUCCGUUACGGCUAGUUUGGCUGGAGGGUGGUCAAGGGUGGUGAGCUAGUCUGGCCCAAGGCCCAGAAUGUCUAGACUUCUCAGAGCCCCUUCUGAGGUUGGGAAGGACGAGAGGAGGCUUUCAGAGGAACCUGAGGGAGUGGUCUUCUGGUCCACAGAUGCCAAGGAGAGGCUCAGCAGCUACCACCAAAUCCUGCCUUUCGUCUCACUGCUGGAGACCCAAAAGCCCUACCUCGUGAACUGCCUCCGCCUACCGGCACUGCAGGCACUAUUGCUUUUGGCUCAGUCUCUCGACACCAAUGCUGACUGCACGCGCAUUGUUGCUGACUCCUGGCUUGAGCUCCAAGUCCCUGCGGCAGAGACAGCUGUGCGGAUGCUCAGCAUGGCCCUGCGUCUCAGGGCCUCUUGGGAUGAAGUGCUGGACAGGUGUCUGGGGCGACGGGCAGGCCGAGCUGUGGAAGAGGAAGAGGCAGAGGCAGAGGCAGAGGCAGAGACACCAUCUAGCGCCCUGGAGGUGCGCCAACUUACACGCGAGCUGCUGAGCUUCCUGAAGACGGAGGUCCAGUACAGCCUCCGGCGAAUGACCCUUCUGGAGCAGCAGAACCUGUAUGGAGGGCCUCAGAUGGCCCCUGCAGAGGUAGAAGGGCUGCCCAGCUUCUUCCAGGGGGUGCCACUGCUGCCCAACGAGGUGAAAGGUGGCUACAAGAUUGGCGACUUCCUGACGUUUAAUUGUCUGGCAGGUGAGGGAGACCUGUACAGUGACUGCCUGCGCAGCUUUUGGACGUGUCCACGGUGCAGCCUCUAUAUGCCCUUCACUCCUCUGGAGCGUGUGGCCCAUGAAGAGGCCUGCCAGUCCCCUGGCCCUAAGGAUGAGGAGUCCAGCCUAGAAGGGCCCAGAGGGGAGACAGUGGUGGCUGCCUCUGGCACCUCUGCCCUGCAGCAACUGUAUCACUGUGCCAUCUGCCAGGAGAACCUCCGUCUCACACCCAUGGAAAUCCUGAAGCAUCGGAAGCAGCAUCAGGGAUGUCUGUGAAAGGGUCCUGGGGGAGACCUGCUCUCUGUCUCUGUCUCAGGUACCUUCUGUUGAUGAUUAUGCGCUUGGGGGGCAUCCUGGGGGAGUGUGGAUAGCCCCACUUGCUUUCUGGCAGCCAGCAUGGAGCUUUGCCUGUCUCUGACUCCCUCCUGGGUGUCCUUGGCCUGCAGUAGGAAGCCGCGGAGCUCUCUCCCUCCCCACUCCAUCAGGGGCUGCCCUUUGCCUGGUAAUGGAGCUGAGUGACCUUCUCCGGGGGUUUCCUCCAUCAUCUUAAUCUCUCUGCCUUGUAAAAGGUCCAUGCUGGCAGUGUUUCUUAAAAGGGCGAAAAGAUCUCCUAGGUGGGCAGAAGCAACUCAGGCCUUUUAAGCUUCCUGUGCAGAGGUACCAGGUGCUGCUUUCUCAGCCAGCGUCCGACCACCUUCAGCGGCAGGAAGAUCUCAGGGUGGCCUGAGGGCUGAUUGCACUGGUGGGGAGGUGGAACUUGUGUUUUGCUCUUUUACAGAUUUAUUUCUGCUGCUUGGGAUGCUCAGGUGGCAUUUGGGGCCACUUCCUUCUUCCUGGAGUCUGCAGCCAAUUGGGGGUGCUUUGACUCCAGUGUUUUUCUAGGAAGUCGACCAGGCUCUGCCUGGCCUUGUCUUUCUUUCAGUGGGAAUGACUGGAAAGAAAAUGGUUUUUCUAAGAGCAAGGCAAGCAGCCCCCUGGCUGCAGUUGAUCCAUCUGUGCCCCAACAUAAAAGUGCUAGGCUAACUGAGCAGAACUGAGGACCGAUUUGUGAAAGUGGCUUUUGUUUUUUGACAAGGAGCCAUCAGGAUGUGUAUCAGGCUGAAGGAUAGGGGCCAUGUGGGGGGCGUGUGUGAAACAAACCCUUGGCUGUUUCCCAAAGUUGGAUUGCUCCCUGGAAUUGGCUUUGGGUUGAAGGAUGAGCCCAAGGGAAGAGGAGGCCGGCUGCUCCCCAGCAAACAUAGUUCAGCCCAAUCAAAGUGAAUGAGACCCUGUGGGGGAUGCCUGGUGCUACUGCAAAAGCCUUGAACCAAUGUGGGCAUACUGAAAUUGGGAGGGGAUUUUUUUUAACCAUUAUGUUAAAAUAAAUUAUGCUUAUUUUAAGCUGGGGUUGUAAGAAUGUUGUUGUAGUAGUAGUAGUAGUAGUAGUAGUA